GUGGGAGUAGCCAUGCCCUUAUACGCUGACACAAGCCCACGACGACCCAGAACCCGAACAUCGGCCGCUUUCUCUUCCUGCUCAAGGACGGCAACGCAUCCGAGCAGCGGACCUACUCAUAGGUUCGUCUCGGGACUUACCUUAUUGGCCGGUGGUGCGGCCGACGAAGGAUGAGGUGAACAUGAAGCCGAUGGAUAUCGUCCUUGUCACCUUCGUUUGUGAGCGUGAAGAUAGAGACAGGCGGGACGCGCUUCGCUGGCCGGUCAGGACGCGCAUAGAGGCGGAGGAGCUCAAGUACAAGCCGCGCGCGAAGGCCUUCGACGAUGUCGAGCCAAUAUGGAUCGACUAAGAGGUUAAGACAGGAGUCUAAGACGGACGGAUCGCUCUCAUAUGUAUUGCACCUGGAAGUCAAGUUUGG